AACGCCCCAAAGCUACGCAGCGGGUGGACUUUCUCGGGGUCCGCAAACUACUGUAGCUAGGCUUGGACGCCGUUAUCUAUUUGUCCUCAGCAUCUCUUGGUGAACUAAUAGGUUUCCAAGGUAACCGCAGCAGGGCGGCCAGAGGCAGACAAACGUAACCCGGAAGUGACGCUCUCAGCUUGCGCCGGCAGUGAGUGGCUUCGAAGAUGGCGGCGCGCAAGAAUCGGCGGCGCACGUGUGAAACCGGGGAACCCAUGGAGGCUGAUUCCCCGGACGCAGCUUCCGAGGGCCCGACCCAAGUGUACCUCCCUGGCCGGGGACCGCCACUACGUGAAGGAGAAGAGCUAGUCAUGGACGAGGAGGCCUAUGUGCUCUACCACCGAGCACAGACUGGAGCCCCAUGUCUCAGCUUCGACAUAGUCCGGGACCAUCUGGGAGACAACCGGACAGAGUUGCCUCUUACGCUUUAUCUCUGUGCUGGAACUCAGGCAGAGAGUGCCCAGAACAACAGACUGAUGAUGCUUCGGAUGCACAACCUGCAUGGGACAAAGCACACGACACCAGAGGACAGCGAUGAAGAAGAAGAGGAAGAUGAAGAGGAUGAAGAGGAAAGGAAGCCUCAGCUGGAGCUAGCUAUGGUGCCCCACUAUGGCGGCAUCAACCGAGUCCGGGUAUCAUGGCUGGGCGAGGAGCCGGUGGCUGGGGUGUGGUCAGAGAAGGGCCAGGUGGAGGUGUUUGCACUGCGGCGGCUUCUGCAGGUCGUAGAUGACCCCCAGGCCCUGGCAACCUUCCUUCGGGAUGAGCAAGCCCGUGUGAAGCCCAUCUUUGCCUUUGCUGGCCACAUGGGUGAAGGCUUUGCCCUGGACUGGUCCCCCCGUGUGCCUGGGCGCCUGCUGACUGGUGACUGUCAAAAGAAUAUCCACCUCUGGACGCCAACAGAUGGUGGCUCCUGGCACGUGGACCAGCGACCAUUUGCAGGCCACACACGCUCCGUGGAAGACUUGCAGUGGUCUCCAACUGAGGACACGGUAUUUGCCUCCUGCUCUGCUGAUGCCUCCAUUCGCAUCUGGGACAUCCGGGCAGCCCCCAGCAAGGCCUGCAUGCUCACCACUGCUGCUGCCCAUGAUGGUGAUGUCAAUGUCAUCAGCUGGAGCCGCCGGGAGCCCUUCCUGCUCAGCGGUGGGGACGAUGGGGCCCUCAAGGUCUGGGACCUGCGGCAGUUCAAGUCUGGCUCCCCUGUGGCCACCUUCAAGCAGCACGUGGCCCCCGUGACCUCCGUUGAGUGGCACCCCCAGGACAGUGGUGUCUUCGCUGCCUCGGGUGCAGACAACCAGAUCACACAGUGGGACCUGGCAGUAGAGCGGGACCCCGAGGCAGGUGACCUGGAAACCGAUCCGGGACUGGCAGACCUCCCCCAGCAGCUGCUGUUUGUGCACCAGGGUGAGACGGACCUGAAGGAGCUGCACUGGCACCCGCAGUGCCCUGGGGUUCUGGUCAGCACAGCCCUGUCGGGCUUCACUGUCUUCCGCACCAUCAGUGUUUGAGAUGGCGGUGCAGCAUCUGCACCAGACUUCCGCUUGGGAACCGAAGUUGAAGUUGGCUUCCCAGGAAGGGACUCAGAUCCGCUGAACAUCCCCCGUCCCAGAGGACUUUGGCCCGUUGACCGCUGUGAUGGAUUCUGUUUGGUUGUUCUCUGAAAAGACUUGUUUGGGUCUGGUGGCCCCCUUUUGCCAAAGGAUGUAGUUUCACCCACGUCUCUGAAAUUACUUGUUUUGGUCCAGUGACUCCUCCCAUCAGAGGACUUGGUUUGAUCUGGGGUCCUGUAAAACCACUGCAUUUAAUACCCAGCCCCUCCUGUUGAAGGACUCUUGUUGGUGGCACAUUUCCCAGUGGGCCUGUAGCUGUGGCUGUUUUGAAAGCUGUGACACCUGGUUUGACCCUGGGACUCUGUGCGGGGACCCAGCUUGGUCGUUGGUCUCCCCUGGGAACUCAAGUGCCUUAGUCUGCCCAGAUCAAGCCUAAUGGAGGGUUCCUCCCAACAGUUUGCACCUUAACUUAGUAAGCCAGGUUGGGCUAGAAUUUCCCAGCUUGGGUUGCUUGGGGCCUCUUUCCUGCGGAAAGGUAGGCACUGUGCAGGGAAGAGUGUCGGGGCUCCCGGAGUAAAUAAAGGACCCAGAGCAAGGCCUGGUGUGUGAAUGCGAGGCUUGUCCUUUUGGCUGCUGUCCUGUGUGAAACAGGAGCAGGAGGCAGGAAGGUGGCCCCCUGCUGUCCCUUGGCCACUGGGAAUCCAGGCCUCGACCCACUGGGUGUUUCUUCCAUUAGUUGAUUGCAUCUGAAACUCACUCCAGGGAGCCCCUGGAGGGCUAUCUCACCUUGUGCCAUCAACAGUUUAUGGCUUCAUGUAGGGGAAAGGAGACCCUCCCCCACCCAAUCCUUUGUCCCUACCACUGUCCUCUUCACCAUUAUCAUAUCAUUUCUUUGUCAUUGUCCCCCCUCAUCUCCACCCCAGUUGCAUCCCCAUCUCUCUGUGUCUCCCUGCCCUCCCCCACCCCCGUCUCCUCUGCCACUGUCUCCUCUCCUGCCUCUCCAGCUUGCUUGGGUUGCAGCCCAGCCACUCUGUCUGGCCCUUCUCCCUGGCUCCCCCUCUGCGGCUCUGAGCUGGCCCCACCCCCUGCUCCACCCCCAGGCCAGGUCUCUGAUCUGCCAGUGGACACAGAGGUCGGCACCCGGCACAAAACCCCUGGGGCCAGGGACAGAUCAAAGCCCCUCAGCACCCACAGAAACUUCCCCUUGGCCCUGGCAUAGGAGCCCCUGGUGGAGGGCAUGGGGGUGGGCUGCCCCACCAGGUAAGUGCCUCCAUGGGAUGCCCCUGUGUGGGUCCUGGGCCUGAGAGUCAUCCCACGUCCUCUUGCCCACCCCCUGCCCCGCCAUCCUCCCUUUCCUUCCCCACCUUCCUUUUCCUCAGGAACUUCUGCUGCCCCAUCUCUGGCUCUUCUGACACUGUCUCCCUCACUCCCUUCC